ACUAAGCUCAUCGUACUUCUCGCAAGCGUCGUAAUGGCUCUGCAAUGCAAUAGAACGCCAGUCUCUGCUGCACUUCGGACCACCGUGCUGGUACUGUUGUUUUCACUCUUCUCGAAUCAAAUUUCGGGAGCCACUGCGGUACCCACAUUGAUUUUCGAAGACAAUUUCGAUACGCUGAACAGGUCAACUUGGCAGCAUAUGAUAACUUCAUGGCGUGGUGGUCAGAGCCAGUUCCAAUACUACACUAACCGCACUGAAAAUAGCUAUGUCAAAGAUGGAAUAUUACAUAUUGUUCCAACGUUCACGGCGGACCGGUUUAGCGAAUCGUUCUUGUACAAUGGUACGCUUAAUUUAACAGCGGAAGGAUGCAACUUUAUCGGUCCCGAAAAUUUUACCAGCAGUUGCCUCAGGAAAGGUGGACUUAAUGGAGACAUCAUCAACCCGAUCCAGUCGGCAAGGAUAAGAACCAUCAAUUCUUUCAGUUUCACUUACGGAACUGUUGAAAUUCGAGCAAAACUUUCGCGAGGAGAUUGGCUUUGGCCAUCCCUGUGGAUGUUACCGACUGAUAAUGAUUACGGAGGUUGGCCGAGAUCGGGUGAAAUCGAUAUGGUUGAGAUCCGUGGAAAUGACAAAAUGGAAUGUGAUGGAUACAUAAGCGGUAACCGACGAGCCAAUUCGACUUUGCAUUGGGGUCCAAGCAAGACGGCAGACAAGUACGCCAAAACCAGGUGGUCAAAGUUUCUAACGGACGGCUCGUUUGCAACCGAGUUUCAUACUUACGGUUUGCGCUGGCUACCGACUGGCAUUGUCUUACUCAUAGACGAUGAAGUGGUCGGAUCCGUAUAUCCUCCUGCUGGGGGUUUCUGGAAAUUGGGCGGUUCCAGCGGUACAAACAUUUGGCAAAACGGCACAAUCAUGGCACCUUUCGAUAAACAAUUCCAUUUCAUCUUCAAGGUGGCGGCUGGAGGCGACUACUUUCCUGAUCGCUGCCUCAAUUACAAUGAUCAAGGAGAGGUAACCCCUAAGCCGUGGAGCACGGCAGACACCGUGCAGAUGAAACCUUUCUGGGAGGCGAGGAACCAAUGGUACCCAACUUGGACCCGCAAUCCGGAAGACAGUCACAUGUUGGUCGAUUACAUUCGUGUUUGGUCUCUUGACUAACUAUUUUGGAUCGUGAAGACAACGUUCUGGGAAGACAUAUAUUUGAAGUAGUUUGAUCCCCAGUUUGUGUCUAGCCCAUUACAUUUUUGGUGGUGGUUUUCUUUUUCUAUUUGAAACAAUUGAACCAGUUUUGCAUAGAUGUGGGAUAGAAUAUACAUUAAAUCAGCAA